UUAACCACCACAACCCCGGAAAGAGAGAGAGAAGAGAGAGAAGAGAGAGAGAGAGCUGAGAGUGUGGAAAGACAAUACAGAAGGGAAGAAGAAGGAGGCUGAUGGCUGCCAUGGAAGGUGAGGGUGAGAAGGAACAUCCAAAGCUGAACAAGUACACACUUGGAUGCGCUAUAGUGGCUUCAUUGAUCUCCAUUAUAUUUGGUUAUGACACGGGUGUCAUGAGUGGAGCUAACAUCUUCAUAAAAGAAGAUCUGAAACUGAACGAUACCCAGAUCGAAAUCCUUGCAGGGAUCCUAAACUUAUGUGCUCUAAUAGGUUCAGCCCUUGCUGGGAAAACCUCAGAUGUGAUAGGUCGACGUUACACAAUCGUUGUAGCCUCUCUCAUCUUCAUGGUAGGUGCAAUCCUAAUGGGCUACUCCCCUAACUUCGCAGUCCUCAUGACCGGCCGUUGCACCGCCGGUAUCGGUGUCGGUUUCGCUCUCAUGAUUGCCCCGGUGUAUUCAACCGAGAUAUCAUCCUCUGCACACCGAGGAGCCCUUUCUUCUCUCCCAGAGCUUUGCAUUAGUCUUGGCAUCUUACUAGGUUACAUCUCUAAUUACGGCUUUUCGAAAUUGCCAUUGAGGAUUGGGUGGCGUAUGAUGCUCGGCGUCGCCGCCAUUCCAUCGAUCGGAUUAGCAUUGGGAAUCCUUAAAUUGCCGGAAUCUCCAAGGUGGUUGGUAAUGCAAGGCCGUCUUAAGGAUGCUAAGGAGGUGUUAUUAGUGGUUUCUGAUACAAAAGGAGAAGCACAAUCUAGGUUUAUCGACAUUAAGGCAGCCGCCGGGAUCGACGAGAACUGUACUGAAAAUGUAGUGAAUCCACCUAACCAGACAGCCACCGGUGCCGGUGUCUGGAAAGAACUAUUCAUUAGGCCAACACCGGCGGUUCGCCGGAUAUUACUAGCUGCUUGUGGGAUCCAUUUCUUCCAGCACCUUACAGGUAUUGAAGCUGUGGUUUUGUAUAGUCCAAGAAUCUUCAAGAAAGCUGGGAUUGUGGAUAAGCAGAAGCUCUUGCUUGCAACAGUUGGGGUUGGGAUUACAAAGGCAAUCUUCAUCUUAACUGCUACUUGCUUCCUAGACAGGUUUGGAAGGAGAAGAAUGAUGUUGAUUAGUGUUAGUGGAGUAACCACAGCACUAGCAGUAUUAGGGUUUUGUUUGACCAUGGUGGAUCAUUCCAAAAAGGAGCUCUUUUGGGCUCUUUGUUUAAGUAUUAUUUCUACAUAUAUAUAUGUGGCUUUCUUCUCAAUUGGGCUUGGACCAAUCACAUGGGUUUAUACAUCUGAGAUAUUCCCAUUGAGACUUAGGGCUCAAGGAGCUAGCAUUGGUGUAGCUAUUAAUAGAGCUAUGAAUGCUGCAGUUUCUAUGAGCUUUAUAUCAAUCUAUCAAGCUAUAACUAUUGGUGGAGCUUUCUUUAUGUUUGCUGGUUUUGCAUUUUUCGCUGGAUUGUUCUUUUACUUCUUUCUUCCUGAGACUAAGGGAAAGGCUUUGGAAGAGAUUGAAAUGUUGUUUACCAGAAAUUCUGAAGCUAAACAUAGAACUACAGAAGUGAGUGUGUAGAUUCAACUUUUAUGAGAUAAAGAGGUAGUGUUGAAUAGAGGGGUUGUAUUGUGUUCUGAAGAUUGAAUAUGGUUUUUUUUUCAUUCUUUUCUUUCUUUCUCCACUCACGUAUACUAUUUUCUCUUUGCAUAGA